AUGAAGUUCACCGCCGCUCUCCUCUUCGCUGCCACUGCCGCGCUGGCGCUCGAGUCUCGCCAGGUCGACGAGCAGAAGCUCGAGUCGCUCUCCUUCAUCGACCCCAAGUGCCGUGACGGCUGCGGCGUCAUCCGCGACGUCUACCACGACGCUACCAACCUGCACUGCAACGCCGAGAAGCCCUCGGACGACUGCCUCAGGACCAUGUGCGGUCACGUCGAGUCCGUCAUCAAGUGCGCUGAGUGCCAGCUCCGCACCGGCCCCUUCAAGGACAAGUUCUCCGACGACCAGAUCAACAAGGCCAAGCAGGACUCGGUUGACUACUGCAAGGCCAAGGGCUUCGACGCCUAA